AUGCAAUUAUCACAUACAACAAGAGCCUUACUCCUCGUCUUGUUACUUAUUGGAAUCCUAAGUGUAGAAGGUGGCAUUGAUUGGCAAUCAAUCCCGGAGGGAGUCCUAGUUGGUCCAGGAGUCGGAAGCGUGGAUGUGACAGACUUUUGCGACGUUGUCAGAGAUACUUCUCGGGAUUUGAAUGAUGCCCUGAGAGGCAGGAAUUUAUCGAUUGCCGUUCAGUACGGUGCUGGAUUUGAUUUCUUUCAAUACGACCCGGAUGAAGAAUUGUCUUUCAGCAAUCCAGGUGGUAUGGUUGCGUCAAUCUUGGAUGAAUUGGCAAAACGAGCAGGAUUUAGCUGGAGAAAUUCAUUUGUUGCGUACACCACAAACACUACUGACACUUUGUUCGGCACGGGACGAGGAAAGUGGGAUAACAUGCUGAACUGGACUACUAGUAAUUUUGAUUUGUCCGUGGACAAAUGGUUCCUGACUACGGCGCGCCUAGAAAGUGAAAUUGUGUUUUUGCAUUCUUGGUUUGACGCCACUUUGAUACUGGUAGAUCAAGGAGAUGUAACAGAUUUCAAUUUGUUUGGAUUUGCGGCUCCAUUUGAUCGAUACGUCUGGCUUUGUAUCGUAGCGACGAUUGUUUUCAGUGCCGGCUUCAUGAUGUUCAUCGAUCAUAUGGAAAGAGGCAGGAACGAUCGAUCGUGGAACACAUGGAUUGGAGAUCAUCUUUACCUAUCCAAUAUGGCAUUUUCUCAAAACUUUACGUAUGACACGCCAAGAUCAGGCGCAGGUCGUAUUUUCUUAUCAACCUUUUCCUUUUGGUCCAUGCUCAUUGGCGCCACUUACACUGCCAACUUGGCCUCGUUGCUGGUAGAAAAUGCUCUAGCGAGCUCGGUGGACUCCGUCAAGGCUGCAAUGGACGCGGAUCUUUCCAUUUGCAUCCAUGAUGGAAGUGCCAGUCAAACCAUAAUGACUGUCAUGUACCCAUCCAUUGCAAUUUACGACAAAGUGAUCAAGACGUCGACACCAUUGGAAAUGUACGAAAAAUUGGCAACCCAGCAAUGUGACAUCUUAGUGGGGACUCGACAGGAAUUUCAAAUCUUGAGUGUCCAAGAAAAGUACGGGUGCAAGCUGGUGAAAGCUGGUCCAGAAAUACAGCAAGGUUCCGCCAGUUUUGCCAUCAAGUUCGAUCCACUCAGUUGUGACUCAGUCCUUGCCUACGUUCUCAAUAUCCAUCUUCAUGCAAUGAGUAUCGAUGGUAACAUGACAAAGUACUGGGACAGUUACAUUGACGGCAUCGACGGUACUUGCGCCAACAAAGAGGAAUUGCAAACAUCAAGAAGACUUGAGAUGGAAAAGUUGGAUUCGGUCCAAGAGGAGGAGGAAUUUGAUUUGGCAGCUCGUCGUCUCAAGGGUGGCGGUGGAGGUUCCAGCGAGUCAAGUGCCUUUAUCGGGGGCUCUACUGAGGACGGUGCAAUUCUGCAGAUGAAGGGUAUGGCGGGAGUCUUCUUCAUCCAUGGGCUCGGGACAGCUGUUGCACUUAUUCUAGUCUUGUACACCCAGCUACGGAGAAAGUACAUCAAGGCGCCAAAGCUUAAACGCAAAGAGCACGAAGAAUCUUUGAAAAUUACGAAGUCGUUGACCAAAAAGCCAGUUGAUGCUGACUUGCAUCGCAAGUAUGAGCACUUGAAAAGGGACUUCAUGACGCAACUGGACGACCUCUUCGAACAACACUUGGAAGCGAAACAAAUCUCGCAAAACUCGUCGCCAUAUGUGCAGACUUCGACGCCAUAUGAAGCUGAAACUGCGUCGGAGCAAUCCAUACCAUCAUGGUCAGAUUCUCCAAGUAUGAGUCAAACUUCGCUUGCUCAAAGGCGUAGUCGAUCUGGAAUGGAUGUUGCCGCCCGUACGGGUGGGGAUGCAAAGGCCGAAGCCAUGGAAUAUCAUCGCAGUUCACGGAACCUGAUUAAUACCAAUGACAGCACGGGUGGUGUCAUUCAUACGAUAGGAAUGGGAAGGACCAUUGGAUCGGGAAGGGAAGAGAAGAUGGACGUUAAGACGUAUCAUAAAGAAAGCGGUCGCGGCCUAACAGGCAUGAAUAGAAACUUUGCCGAUAAUGUACGGAAUUUAACUAAUCGGAAUCAAACGGGGGUCAGCGAAAGGGGCGCUGGUGGACCUGACCAAACAAUGGGAAUGGGAAGAGAAGCAAAAAUGAAAGCAAAGGCAUACCACAAAGACAGCCGUCGCAAUCCAGCAGACAUCAACGAAAGCAUUCCCAGAAGUAUACGUAACAUGACUGAUGACAUCAAUGAAAGCUUACGCAGCCUCUAA